UCAUAUGACUUCCAUUUCCUGCUACAGUUGUCGGCUGAGCUCCGCACCAAACACCGCUGACUUUGCGCCGCUGCUGGGUUAUUUCGUCUUCUCUCCCGUGGCUGACACUCGAAACAGUGAGCGAUCAUGUACCGAUACGCUUCGUUUGUUUUAUUCCUCGCCUUUGGAAUCGCGGUUCAGCGGUCAAACGGCACGGAGGUGACUGUCAAAGACGACAACGACAACAUAUGUCUCUAUGCCAAACUAAUGGUCAACUUUACAGUCUCCUAUGAAGUGGCUGGCAAUACGAGUGCAACAGGGAUGUUUGAACUUCCUGUUGAUGUCUCAACAAAUGGAAGUACGUGCAAGAACACAAGCUCAACGUUGAAGCUGAAUUUUGGCCCAGGACACUCCUGGAGCGUGAACUUCACCGCCAACGGAAAAAUGUACCACGCUGACACCAUCACCCUUUCCUACAACCUCAGUGACGCCACCAUCUUCCCUAAUUCUGCAUCGAAUGACACCAAAGUUGUCACUGCCGAGACUCAGAUCACCAAUGUGGGCAUUGACACCUGCUACUCGUGCAGGAGCGUAGACACCAUCGCGGGCAAGUCCGUCAACCAGACGCUGUGGAACGUGCUCAUUCAGGCUUUCGUCAGCAACAACAGCACAAGUGAAAACAUCACUUCCUGCGCCGCUGACGUACCCGUGACCACCGUUGCCCCGACCACUCGUCCCACCACCGCAGCCCCCGUCACAAACUCUUCCACCACCGCCCCGACACCCACCACCACCCCAACCCCCACCCUCCCCACACCUGCCACCGGCAGGUACGACGUCAAGCCGGAUCAAAACAGCACGGCCUGCCUGAUAGCCGAGUUUGGCCUUCGGAUCGGUGUGAAGAACGUAGAGAUGAACUUUGAGCCCAAUGGGACUACGUCCUCCGGCUCAUGCGGAGUCGACAGCAGUCAGCUGGUGUUGGUGUCCAACGCAGUGACCAUCACGCUCACUUUCCUCAAUGACACAAAGAAAUUCCACCUUCAUGCUCUGAACGUCACCGGAAAGACGAGCUCUGGUGUGGCAUUUUCUGAGGCGAACACCAACCUGAGUCUGUGGGAGGCGGCCGUCGGCAGCUCUUACAUGUGUAACAAGGAGCAGAACUACACCAUCACCGGCCUGCUCACCCUCUACACAUUCGACCUGCGGGUACAGCCUUUUGGAGUCAACAAGGGUGUUUUCAGUACAGCCCAUGAAUGUUCUCUGGAUGACACCAGCGUCUUAAUCCCAAUCAUUGUUGGCGCUGCUCUGGCUGGCUUGAUUCUCAUUGUAGUGAUCGCUUACGUGAUUGGCCGAAGGAAGACUUAUGUUGGAUAUCAGACCCUUUAAAUCCAGUUUUGCAAUCAUUAUCAGUGGGGUUUACAAGCCUGGUCCUUGGGUUUCACGUGCAAUUGUUUAAUUGGCAAAUAACUUGGCAAAAACAUCAUCAAGAGCCCAAAUCUAAACUAAAGUCUCUGGAAAGAAAAAAUAUAUAUAAACAUGAGACUGAAUAUUGACGUUACUGCUCAUUUUGAGAUGUGAAAUGCACAAAGAUCAUUUUCAAAUUGCAGUUGCCUCACAGUUUUAUAUUGAUUCUAUAAGGCGUACACAUCUAUGUAAAGAUGGAGGGUUUGGUCUCUUUGUCAAGGACCAAACUUGUUAGACUCCAAUGUGUUUUUGGUUUUGGCUUCCCUACUUCAUUGUGUUUUUGGUCAAUGAGCAAGUGCAAAAUCCACGCAACGGUUUUAUCAUUCAAGUCAUCAUAAUCCCAUGAAAGUCUCUGGAGUUUCUUUACAUGAGCUACGGCUCAUCAACAGAUGUGUAACAGUUAAACUCCGUUGCUGUCGGAUCCUGCACUCGCUCUACAGACCUUCUUUUUUUUUUCCACCUGUCAUCGUUCAAUCUUUGUGUUAAUUUUUUUCCCGUUACAUUAUUGUUUGACAUCACAUAAUUAUUUGCAUUAUGAAAGAACAAUCAUUUUCAGCUUUUCUUUCCUCCCAGAGAAUCAUUAACAGGGAUGCAGGUUUAUAGCCGAUGUCGGCACCUGUAGAGCAGGAGAAGCAUUGGAAUCAUUGUCCUGAUUAUGGGACUCAAACCGCGUGACGUGUUUGUUGUUUGAACCUGAAUAGCUUCAGCUGUCUCUUAAAUUUGCACACGUAGAGAAUAAAUCAAAUAAGAAGCAUGAACAGCUUUUUAAAAAAUGUUUUUCCCCACACUACCGAUUUUGGCAUUAAUUUUAGAAAAGGGAGAGUUAUGUUGUGUAGAUAUUCACUUUUAUGGGGAUGUUUGUGUGUGAAUGCACUAUGGCGCUCUUUAAAUGGCCCCAUUAUGUCGGGACUGUUGUCACAUUGUCUCAGCUGUGCGGGGGCCCGGCGGCGAGACUUUAAAGCCCCCGACGACAUGAAUAAACAAGGAAACUAAAUCAUUUAUUUGAGAAGACAAAAGUUAGACAUUUUGUUUACAGCGGUUUGCUUUCUUGCUGAGGGUUUGAUGUGAAUAUUCUGCGUGUGGCUUCACACAAAGACGUGGAAACGGGUGGAGAAGCUCCGUCCAAACGAAACAUGUUUUUAAUUGGUAUUUAUCUUCUCACUCUCAGGUAAGAAAGCAGAAAAUGCACUCCUUUUAAAAAAAAAAAAUGUUUUUUUAAAGAUCAUUUCGAGGGUGUGUUUUGAUGCUGGCAAAGAACAAACAACCCCCAAACCCUUCGUCAGAUCUUCAUUAUAAAGAUUACAAAACGAAUCAAUCACAUGAAAUGAACUAAAUUAGUUUCCUUGUAGCAAGCGGCUGAAAGCAGGUUUUUGGAGGAGCUUUUGUUCCACGUGCUUGCUGUGUACCGUUCUCCCCGUUCCAAGUAUUCAGGACUGCAGCAAAGCAGGCGCCCGACUAGGCUCAAUACCGUAGGUGAUGGCGGCGUGCUCGCUUAGGCAAAGAAUUGGCAUCCGACAUCUCCAGAAUGAAAUAUGAGAGCUGCUUUUUGCUUAUGUUGCUGUCUGUUGUAUUUCAGCUUUGUGCGGUCGCCUUAAUUCUAAAGAUGGGUUUUGAAGCAUGUAUAGAUGUUUGUUUGUUUGUUUUUCUAUAUCCUUUUACGACGGCUGUGCCUCGCCCCAUGAUACGCUCUGUCAUUUGUUCACUCAAUAACUCGCUUUAUGUGGCUAAGAAACGUUUUCAAGAACAUUGCAAACAACUGUUCGGCAAAAGGGAAUUUGUGCAACAAGACCAUCGUGAUGAAGAUGAAUUUGUGUGUGUUACGUGGAUACAGAGGAUUCCGUCUGCAUCCGCUCCAGCUGUUAGCCAGAUUGUGUGACUGACUUUUCAUCUUUUUAGUCUUUUAAGAUUCAAGGAAAUAAAAAAUGUGUUUCUGCCCCGAA